AUGGCCCCUCAGCUCUUCCGCAGUCCUGUUACCACUCUUAUCAUCGCGUUGAUACUACGGAUAGAGGGCGUCUCGGCCGAAAACUUCACUUUCCCAACAGAUUUUGGGAGUCGCUUUAUCGUUGGGGAUCAGGUCAAUGUAACCUGGGAUGUUGUCACGCCGCGAAUAUCUUUAUACGAAGCUUGUGGGACAGAACAGUGGAUUAUUUCACAGAAUGUCGUGAAUCACUACAGCUAUGUCUGGAUAGCAAAUCGGGACGUCUAUAAGGAGUCCGGCUGCUGCUUUGUGCUUGAGUCUUUGAAUUCUCAGGGCAAGCCUGCUGGCCAAGACAAUGUAACUAGUGUUGUCUUUGGAGUUGCGAAGAGGUACCACGAUGAUCCAUCCCCGACCUCGUACCAUUUUGCUAGUACCUCGGCCACAUCUUUGACUGGUACUUUGACCCCGACGACAACCUCCUCGACUGAGUCUGCAGGUGUGGUUACAGCUACAGAUGUGUCUGCUGCAAGCCCAUCUACCGAACAUAGCCGUGGCGGGCUUUCCUCCGCCGCGAAGAUCGGCAUAGGCUUAGGUAUUCCAUUGGGCUUUCUCCUAGUAGCUCUUAGUGUAGGGUUGUUUCACUUUAUUCGACGGAGGAAACGAUUGCAAGACAACUCGCCGGAAGCUUCUGAGCCGGUAUGGCAUCCUGAUGGUACAACUCCUCUACCGGGUGGCUUUGUAGAUGGAAGUAAUACUACCAAGAAUGUGCGCGGAUCUCACACAGACACGAUUAUCUCAGAGCUGUCAUCGGAGAAUUACAGGACGCGAGACGAAAGGCAGACCAAUGAGGUCAAUGAGUUGAUGGAUCAAUCAAAACAUACAAUCAUACAACACAAACUAAACAUGAAAUACUCAUGCCACUUUCAUCAGCCUCCCCAAACAUGGGAGAUGGGUGUCUCUAUGUUAGAAGGUCAUCCUUUCUUUGCUCACCACCAUCCUCCUCGGUAUGAGGACCUCUUUGAGAAGAGGCAUGGGAAGUGCUUCAAGGGCAAGAUGCAUAAACUGGGGAAGGGUAUGAGGGAUAUGGGAGAUAAUGAAUUCCCUGAAAUGCCCAGGUUUGGAUUCGGUGGCCGUGGUGGUCGUGGAGGUCGUCAUCAUCCUCACCAUGCCCAUCACCAUCCGUAUGCAUUUGGCCAUCAUGGCCAUGAAAAAUUCCACACCCAUCCCCAUAAACGUGGUCAUGGAUAUGGCUCUGACCAUGAACUCGAACCUGAGCAUGGAUUCAACCCAUGGACUAAGCAUGACAGAUCCGGACCCCGCCAUCCCAGCCAGCCUGGCUUCCACCACCAGCAUCACCCUCACCACAAACGAGGCGGUCCAGGUCCCCACUUUCACUCUCGGCGAAUGUUCCACCAUCAAGGCUACAGAGGCUCAGGACAAGGACGGGGCUUAGGAAAGAGAAACGGAAAAGGAAAAGGCUUCCAUCCUUUUGACAAGUUUCACCACAUGCACCCUCUCAUCCGUGCACACCAUCACUCACGCGACACAGCUAGUUUCAUGCCUCCAGUGGAUGUCUUUGCUACAGCUACCCAAACUAUCAUUCAUGCUUCGCUACCUGGAGCUCAAAAGUCGGAUCUGAGUGUUGGAUAUGAUGCUCCGCGCUCUAUGCUUCGUAUCGCUGGUGUUGUGCAUCGACCUGGUGUUGAUGAGGGAUUGUAUAGGGCUCUGUUGGUUGGAGAGAGAGCACGUCACUUGGGGGCGUUUGACAGGGAGGUACCGGUUUCCCAUCACGUGGCGGUUGAGGGAAUCCAGUCUCGAUUGGAGGAUGGAGUUUUGAAGGUUGUACUGCCUAGGGUUGAGGGGGAGGAAGUUGAACAUGGCAGUGACGUGGAGGAGGAGAUGGCGAAUGUUGAGAAGGAAUUGUCGACCCCGGAUGGGUCUGAUACUGAAGGAGAGGAGGAAGACGAAUGUGAGGUUGAGGAUGAGAAGGCUGAGAAGGAGUUUGUUAAGGUGGAUAUUCAGUGA